GGCCACUUAUCCCUGAGCUCCGCUGGUGCCGGGUGGUGUCGUUCUCCUGUGGUGAGCGGAGCCGGCUCGUCUCACCAGGGACCAGUAGCUGCCUUUAACACACGCGGCAACUUCCUACACUAUUUUCCUCAUUUGACGAUGUCGCCCAGACUUCGUUCCGCCCCGGACUGGGAACACUGGCGUUAGGAAACGCUCCCAGAACCGCGCGAGAGAGACUCCCAGCAACAAUGAAUAACCAGUCGGUGACAGGGAGGACCAUGGUGCCCACCAUCCCCUCGGUCAUGUUCAUAUUCGGGGUGGUGGGCAACGUCAUCGCCGUCGUGGUCCUGUGUAAAAGCCGCAAAGAGCAGAAGGAGAGCACGUUCUACACGCUGGUGUGCGGACUGGCGCUCACGGACCUGCUGGGCACGCUGCUGGCCAGUCCGGUCACCAUCGCCAUCUACGUGAAGGGCUCGUGGCCCGGGGACGACCCGCUGUGCCAGUACUUCGGCUUCACCAUGCUGUUCUUCUCGCUGGCGGGUCUCAGCAUCAUCUGCGCCAUGUCCGUGGAGAGGUACAUCGCCAUAAACCACGCGUACUUCUACAACGACCACGUGAACCAGAGGCUGGCGGGGCUCGCGCUCCUCGGGAUCUACGUCACCAACGGCUUCUUCUGCGCCCUGCCGAGCAUGGGCUUCGGGCAGGUGAAGAAGCAAUACCCGCAGACCUGGUGUUUCUUGGAGUGGAGGAGCAACAGGACCAGCGACGCCGUCUACACCUACAUGUACGCGGGCUUCAGCUCGCUGCUCAUCCUCGCCACGGUCAUUUGCAACGUGCUCGUGUGCGUGGCUUUGAUCCGCAUGCACCGGCGCUUCGUGCGCAGGAUGUCCGUGGGCACCGACGUGGGGCGCAGCGUGGAUCCGCGGAGACGAGGGCGCAGCUUCAGGCGCCUGGCCGCUGCAGAGAUUCAGAUGGUUAUUCUGCUCAUAGGCACAUCGGCAGUGGUGCUCAUCUGCUCCAUCCCACUCGUGGCUCAGGUGUUUCUGAACCAACUGUAUAAGACUCCAGUGGAACUGAGGUUGGACAGGAAUCCAGACCUACGCGCGAUACGCUUCGCCUCCUUCAACCCGAUCCUGGACCCCUGGAUCUACAUCGUCCUGCGAAAGACCGUCCUUCAAAAACUCAUUGAGAAAAUCAAGUGUCUGUUUUGCAAAAUAGGAGCACGGCGGCAACGGAGGCAGCGAAACUGCGAACGUAACUCUGGCGACGCGCAUCAGCUCUCCUCUGUCGUCUCCACACGGGACUCCCUGCAGGACGUCAGCAGCAGCUCGCAGGUGUUCCUCUACCUGCCAGCGAGGGCUGAUGCGUACAGUGGAGGCUGCCAGAAAGCACAAAGCACGUGUGGUUCGCGAGCAUCACUGGCCAGACUCCCACCGGCCCCCUGUUUGUGUGAGCGGGGCCGCGGUGAAGCUCGGAUUCAGGACGGGACCAGUGUUUCCGUGGUGCCGUGUCCGAAAGACCCGGCCCUUCAGGUGUCGCUGAGCACAGAGACAGUGGAGGAAAAAUGCAUCUGAUGAGUCCAGGUCACUCUGGGUCCCGAAGGAUCCGGGAGGUGGAUUGUUUCUGCUGGUCAUUCUGAUGUCAGACACGUGCGGUGGAGAAGGAGAGACCGUGAGCGUUCCUGUUUGUCCUCGUCCGUUCAGCACAGCUACCUCAACGACGGCGGUCCCUGCCUGUUGGGGCACAUCUGAGCGUUUUGCUAAAGACAGAGGUUGUUCCCACGGAGAUGACCUCCCAUCUUCACCUUCCAGUGAUGCACUGAUCCCAGUUUUAGCUACUGUUUUCCAUCACUGUGGAAGAAAGGACGCCGGUAGUUUAGAAUGCUUUACUCACAAACUGGUGGUAAAAGAUGAUGAAUACAAACAGUACUGACUGUGUGUGUGUGUGUGUGUGUGUGUGUGUGUGUGUGUGCGUGUGUGCGUGUGAACUGUACAGUUCUUUUAAAGGUGCAGUGCAGUAGUUAUUACUGUAACCCCGACUUAUUUGAACCUGACAGAGCACAGUAAAAGCGUGGAAUGAA